AUGAAGACGAAGCACUCUCAUCAGAGGAGGAGGUUUAGCUCAGAGGGACGAAGGCAGAGCCGGCACUUGGGGACGGCAGUGGUUCGAGCGGUUCCGGAGAAGAAACUCUUCUCACAGAGGCAGGCAUUGACCAGCAGCGGACACCCUGGCGCCCCUCGCAGCCCCUGCCCCCCGAGGGCCGGUCCCCUGGCAGGGCUCCUGCUGGCAGUCUCACUCUUAACCUGGAACCUGCCCACAACUGCCCAGCUCACUGUGGAGUCGGUGCAGCCCAAUGCUGUCCAAGGGCAGGAUGUUCUUCUGCUUGCUCAAAAUCUGCCUGAGAAACUUCAAGGCUUUGCCUGGUACAAAGGGGAACGUGUAGAUCUCAACCAUCUGAUUUUAUCAUAUGUAAUAGACACACAUGAAAUUGCCCCUGGGCUUGCAAACAGUGGCCAAGAGACAAUAUACUGCAAUGGAUCCCUGCUGUUCUGGAAGGUCACUGAGGAGGACACAGAAUACUAUACUCUACAAAUCAUCAGGAAACAUAUUCAGGUUGGGAAAGAAACCGUACAGCUCCGAGUCUACUUGGAAUUACCCAAACCCUUCAUCACAAGCAACGAGUCCAACCCUGUGGAGAACAAGGACCCUGUAGUGUUAAUGUGUGAACCUCAGAAUCAGAACACAACUUACGUGUGGUCAAUAGACAUCGAGAGCCUCAUGGACAACACCAUGCUGGAGCUGUCCCAGGACCACAGGACUCUCAUUCUAUUCAGUGUCACAAGGAAUGACACAGGACCCUAUGAGUGUGAAGCCCGGAACCCAGUGAGCGCCCACCGCAGUGACCCGCUCACCCUGAAUGUGCUCUAUGGCCCGGACACCCCCACCAUUUCCCCUUCACAAUCCCAUUACCGUACAGGGGAAAACCUCAGUCUCUCCUGCCACGCAGUCUCUAACCCGCCUGCACAGUACUCUUGGCUUAUCAAUGGGAGGCCCAAGCAAUCCACACAGGAGCUCUUUACUCCCAACAUCACUGCGAAUGAUAGUGGAUCCUAUACCUGCAUCGCCCAUAACUCUGGCACUGGAGUUAACAGGACAACAGUCAAGACUAUCAAAGUCUCUGCUAAACCUUGGAUGCAGCCCUUCAUCCGGGCCAGUGAUACCACAGUCACAGAACAUAAGGACACUGUGAUCCUGACCUGCUUCACCAAUAAUUCUGGAAUCUCCAUCCAGUGGUUAUUCAAUGACCAGACAUUUCCACUCACAGAAAGGAUGAAGCUGUCCCAGGACAACAGGGCCCUCACCACAGACCCUGUCAGGAGGGAGGAUAUUGGGAGUUGUGAGGUCUCCAACUCUGUCAGUUCCAGCAAGAGUGACCCCCUCAGGCUGGAUGUGAAAUAUGGGUGAUCUUCUUCCCUUCCUGUAUAUUUUUAAACUCUGAAUAGAAUUCUUUUCUUCUUUGUAAAAUGAUGUGAUGCUACACUUUAUUUAUUGAGUUACUGUGAUUAUGCAGUGGAAUGAGGUGGAAGGUCCUUGGAAGACUUGCACUGAGUUCAAAGCAUCCAAACAUGAGACUUGACCUGUGUUAGUUUUACUGUGUGUCAUUGUUGGCUUAUUCCACUCCAGAUAUCACCUCUUUCUGGCCUCAGCUGCACCAUCUCCAUAAUGUGGCGGACACCAAGUGCCUCCAAGGAUGGCACAUGAUAAGCUCUCAGGAAUAACAGCUCUAGUCCUCCUCCAGUGGGGUGGGGUGGAUGGCACCCAGACUCUGAUGUGCACAUGGGAGUAAACAGGAGAAUGCCCAUAAUAAUCCCAAGGUGUAGGCACU